AUGUCAAGUGAGGUCAAUCGAGGAACAGUAUCGGUUCCAGGAACGAUGAUGACGCAGUCAUUGAAUGCAUGGCCGCAAAAUGUAAUGGAAAAUGGAGAUUUGCAUGGGUCAGUUACAAAAUAUGCACGAAUGGAUACUAGACUAGGAGUAGAGGGUGACGAUCCUGGAUCAGACAGUAAAGAACGCUUUGCUAGGGAAAAUCACAGUGAGAUCGAGCGACGAAGACGAAAUAAAAUGACACAUUACAUUAAUGAACUCGCAGAGAUGGUGCCACAGUGUGCUGCUCUUGGUCGUAAACCAGAUAAGCUAACUAUUUUACGAAUGGCUGUUUCUCACAUGAAGGCAAUUCGAGGUGGCUCUCAAAACGAAAUAUGCUAUAAACCGUCCUUUCUAACAGAUCAGGAGUUGAAGCAUUUAAUAUUAGAAGCUGCUAAUGGUUUUUUAUUUGUUGUUUGCUGCAACACGGGAAGAGUUCUGUAUGUUGCAGAUUCAAUUGUUCCUGUUCUUAAUAUGCGUCAGGAAGAAUGGUAUGAUCAUGCUAUUUAUGACCUAAUACAUCCUGAUGAUGUAGAAAAAGUGAAAGAUCAAUUAUGCGAAGACUUGUCUAAUGUGAAUCGAGUACUUGAUCUUAAAACAGGUGCCGUAAAGAAAGAACAAAAUACAUUCCGCAUUCAUAUGAGUUGUCGUCGUGGAUUUAUUUGCAGGAUGCGAUUGGGUCCUUUGGAGCCUCUUCAUAGACUUUGUAAUCGGAGACCUAUUUUCAUUCAUAACGGAUAUAAUUAUGUGGUGGUACAUUGUACUGGUUAUAUAAAAAAUUCGCCACCAAAUGGUCUCGAACUUAAUUCUCCACCAUCAAGUUGCCUUGUUGCAAUUGCUCGAUUACAAGUUGCCAGUAUGCCAGCCACUGUGGAGCAGAACCCUGCAUCACAGUUUGCAGUAAGACUUGCUGACGAUGGAAAGAUAACGUUUGUGGAACAAAGGGCUGCCAUUAUCUUGUCGCUCCCAACUGAGCAAAUUCUUGGACGGUAUUGGUGGCAAAUUGUGCACCCAGCAGAUGAGCAAACUGUGCAAGAUGCUUUUAUUCGCAUUUUUCAAGAUCGAGGAACGCAAAUAUCAGUGCGAUUAAGAUCACAAGCAGAUUUUGUUUCUUGCACAGUCACUGCCCAUAAAUUUGUAAAUCCAUAUUCAGAACAGUUUGAAUAUGUGGUGGCUACACAUGUGCUAAUUCCAAAUGAUAAUGAAAGUUGGCAAGCUGGUAUUCAGGGAUACCCGGUCAUACCAUCCGAACUUGAUCUAACAUCAGGAAGUGAGUGCUCAUACCCAACUCAUUAUGGGUCAGAUGGGACUAGAAGACAAAUGUGGAUUACAGAACAGUGGGAGCAAUAUGCUCAGCGCUAA